UUCGCCCUCCAUCGCCAGAAAACACCAUCUACAAACGAAGUCAGUCCUCACGAUUUAUGGAAAUAUGUAGUUAGCUCGCACAGUCCAGCACAUUUAGACAACAGGAGCUCUUGUAGCCGCGCUGUUACAUGGGAAGUUAACAUGGGUGGCCAUGAUGAUGAAGUUAUGCCAUACGUUGUGAACAAACAAAAACAAGACGAAGAGCUGAAGAACAAGCUGAAUGACAGCAGCCUCUGGUGUGACCAGGAGUCCACUGGCAACAAUGCCAAGUGGGUUAAAGAAGGCCAGAACCAGCUGCGGAAAGUAGCUGAGAACCACCAGGACCAGGACCACAACUGCAACAUCAGUCAGAAUGGGAACACGGAUGACUUCCCUCACCAGAACACCACUCAGGAAGAACAGGGGAACGAGGAGCAGACCAAGUCUCCCAAGAUAGCAAUGACCCCUGGUCUCAGUCAGGAGGAGUCCAAGAACAUGCUUAACCAGCCGCUGCUCAUCGACACUCUGGAGUCUACAGAAGAGAAAGAUAAAGAGACAGAAGAAGAUGCUAAAGAGAAGGAUAAGACAUCAGAAGAAGAUGAAGAAACACCGGGUGACGUCAGAGAAGAGAUGGCGACAGAAGAAUCGAUUGAUGUUGAGUCUCAGCAGGAGGGCGGUGUCGUUGGGAGAAAUGCCUGCCUCCUGUUCUCCAACAUGAACGGGACUCCAAAUGAUGAGGAAUCCAGCUGGCCUGCACUGUCUCAGGACAACCCGGCCGACAGCGCUCCAAAUGGCAACAAAGAGUCCUUUUGGGAUUCCAGUGCCUUUGAGACCGACACAGACCUGCCUUCAGGAUGGAUGAGGGUUCGAGAUACAUCAGGCACAUACUACUGGCACAUCCCCACCGGCACCACCCAGUGGGAGCCUCCUUCACCCAUGGGCAAAGCUGGCGACUCCAUGAUGUCCUCGAGUAUGUCCCUGGAGACUACGCCCUGUGAGGAGACUGAGGAAUCCUGGACUCACCUUUCCAGCACAGAUGAAGGAGUCGGGGAAGGAGAACUGUGGAAUGAGGAGGCUGAGGUUACAUCUGAUCAAAGUCUGAAGGAGUUUGAAGGGGCAACUCUACGCUAUGCGUCCAUAAACCUGAAUUACAAUUGCCCCCAGUCCGAGGAAGAGGAGAAGCUCGCUCCACUCGGCACAGAUUUGGAAACUACGUGUUUUGCAGUGCGUUCCCUCGGCUGGGUAGAGAUGUCCGAGGAGGACAUGGUACCUGGCAAGAGCAGUGUGGCGGUCAACAACUGCAUCAGGCAGCUUUCUUAUCACAAACACAACCUUCAUGACACUGCCGGUAUCUGGGGAGAGGGUAAGGAUAUGCUGAUGGUCCUGGAGAAGGACACCAUGAACUUGAUCGACCCGCUGGGUCAGACUCUGCUCCAUGCUCAGCCCAUUGGCAGCAUCCGUGUUUGGGGUGUUGGCCGAGACAACGGCAGGGAUUUUGCUUAUGUGGCUCGAGACAACCUGACUCAAGUUCUGAAGUGUCAUGUUUUCCGCUGUGACUCGCCUGCCAAGAACAUCGCCACCAGCCUCCAUGAGAUGUGCUCAAAGAUAAUGAUGGAGAGAAAGGCGACCAAGCCAGGGGUGAGCAGGCUCAGCUCUGACCUGAGUAACCCUGUGAUCAUCCCUAUUGAAGAGUUUCCUGCUCCAAAAAAUGAACUCUUCUACCAGUUCCAUGUUUAUUAUCUUGGCUGUGAGGCUGUGGCUAAGCCAGUUGGGAUGGAUAUAAUCAACGACACGCUUGAGGCAGCCAUUAAGGGCAAAGAUACAAGUCACUGGACUCCGGUCUCAGUGAAUAUUGCUCCAGCCACCCUCACAAUAAUUUCAAAACAGAGCGAGGAGGUGCUGUCCGAGUGCAGGGUGCGUUUCCUGUCCUUCAUGGGCGUGGGAAGGAACGUCCACGCGUUUGCUUUCAUCAUGUCAGAGGGGCCCCAAGAGUACACCUGCCACAUGUUCUGGUGUGAGCCCAACGCAGCGAGCCUGAGCGAGGCUGUGCAGGCUGCCUGCAUGCUUCGUUACCAGAAAUGUUUGGAUGCACGUCCGCCCAGCCUGACCUCCUGCCUGCCCACUCCUCCUGCUGACUCUGUGGCUCGACGGGUCAAGAAGGGCGUGCAGAGUCUUCUGGGCAGCUUCAUGAGCUACAGGUCAGGCCCGCAAUCUCCUUGAGUUGGUGUGAAGAUGGUCCACAGUCCAUGAAACACAAGGUCCAUCACCACAGCCACCAUCUCAAUGUCACCCCCCCCUCCCCCCCCCCACCGUUUCACUUGUCUCGUCACUAAUCUGGUGUGUGGAAUAGUUUGUGAGGAAAACAGCUGUGUGAAAAGAUUGCAUUUAUUCCCCUUUUUGGCUUUUACUUCAUACACUUCAUUUUUAACUCCCAUCUCUAAACGGAUGAAAACCCUGGCCUCCAAUUUUUUUUAAUUUAGUUUUUCUUUGCUAGGAUUCUUUCUGUGAGUUAACUAUUUUUGUGUUUUAACAGAAACAAUGCUAUGAAUGUUGGAUAUGGAUGUAAAAUAUAUUUACAUGCAGAAGCUAGAAUUUGCUUGAAAAAGAGCUUGCUAGAUUCUCUCUGAGAAAUGGUCUCGUUCCCGUUUCCUCCUCGGUGCAAUGAUCAUUUCCAACGCUCCUCCCUUUCUUCCUUUUUAAACAAGGUACUGCGACACAGUCGCUGUCAAGAAUCCUCGUCUAGAUUAUCUCUCCCCUUCACCACCUUCGGUUGUAACGCAACACAAGCGGCGUCGCGGUGGCGUGCCACGUGGUUCUAUGGCCCCUCCCCCAAUGUGUUUUAGUCUUCCAAAGAGCUUCGCGGUCAUCUGUCACGUCGGGAGCCACCGGGGUUUGCACACCCACAACGACUGAAUCGUACUGUAGAAACUCGCCACGCGCUGCAUGUUUUGAUAGCUCCGAGUUCUUGCUGCUCGCAGCAGUGUAGUGCUGAGGACCCAUCGAUGUACCCUGUAAAUGCUUUCUCUGUGUUUCCGUACGGUAAGAGGAGGCUGGAGUCGUGUUGUUCCGUGUUGCAUAGGCAUGUCACUCUAGUUGGUGUCGGUGUUUAUCAUAAGCUAGCAGUAGAACGUUAGACCUCCUGUUAGUUCCUUCAGACUGAAACGAUGAGAGCAGGUUAAUGUUUGUAUUUACAGUUUGUGUAUAAGGGACACUUAGAGAUGGUUUCUCGAGUGCUUUACAUUUUUGCGUUUUCCUUGGCCACAUUUUGACAUGUGUGGGCCCUGGCCACUCCAGUUAAUCUCUUUUUUUUGUUAUUGUUUCCACACAUUACAAUGUACACAAAUAAGAUGAUAUUCACGUUAGUUUGUUAGAUUUACUUUUUUAUGAAGAAAACACUAAUUAGCCAAGUUGUAUUUUAUCUUUGUGUCUGUCGGUGAUAAAUACUGUAUGUAGCGCAAUAGUAACAGUCAUCUCUUAGGUUGAAGAUGCAGUUUGUAAGAUUCUGUGGUGAUGUUGACCUCUGCGGGGCAUUUGUUUGGCCACGUUGGGACGUUGGUAGCUUACUAGAUCUCCUCAGGCGAACUGAUUAACACUCCAUAAGAGAUACAAAAUCAGACAAACCCACAUCAUUCAAUUAAAUUAAAACAAAUAUUGUGAAAAUGAAUGUGUGGCAAAUACAACUUUGUAUUUAAAAGACACAACGGCAUCUAUGAAACUGGUGUCUUUAUGGAUAACACUGAUGGUAAGAAGUGAGACUUUGUGUUGCUGUCGCGUAAUGAGACAUCUACGGUCUAAAAUUAAAGCCAUUUUAGAUCGUUUUGAUUAAGUCUCAUGAACUCCUCCCAGCGUUGAAGAAACACUUAUUUUUAUAUUUAAAUUUGAAAUCAGACGGUUCCUACAAAAGUGUAGGAACCGUCUGAUUUCAACUUUUAAAUAUAAAAAUAAGAGUUUUUUUCUUUUUUUCAACGCUGGGAGGAGUUCAUGAGACUAAAUCAAAAUGAUCUAAAAUGGCUUUAAAAAGAAAUUAGCCACGUAAAAUAUAUUCCAUGUUUGGAAAUGAAUCCUAUCGUGAAGAAGUGAGACACGGUUCUUUGAGACGGGUUCCCGGCUCUAAAGCCGUCGUGCGGGCUGCACGGUUGACCUUAUUGUUGGACCUGGUCAACCAAUUUUAAAAGCAAGACGAUGCUUUAUGAUAACUAGCCUUUCUUAUAAAACAUAUUUCUCUCAUAGAUUCCUAAAAAUGUUUUAAACAUUUUAGAAGUUAUCACUAACACUAAAACUCUUACCAACUGCUUCCUUAUGUGUGUAAGAUAUAACACUAAUGAGAAUUAGUCUACAUUGACUCGUAUUACUGCCAUGUCAUGUGUCACUUGGAGUUAUAUUAGCUUUUUAUGUGCGAGCUGUGUCCAGUCAGUGGCAACAUUAAAGCCAGAUGAGUUCAAGAACAUUAGCAGAUUAAUUUAUUUCUGUUCAUGUAAAUUAGGUGUAUAAAAUGUAUGUAUAUAAAAGUCACUGCACAAUAAAUGUGAACAUAUCAUA